AUGUGGACUGCGGUGUGGCGCGCCGCACGGGGCGUCCUGAGCGCCCUGGGCUUCACGGCCCUGGGUACAGGUCUCGGUGCUGGGCUGGGCGGCGUCCUCGGCCGCCUUCUGGGUGCGGUGUUCACAUUUGGCACCUCGCUUGUGGCAGCGCCGCUGCUUGGAGCUCUUCUUGGUGGGGCUUUUGGUUGCUUCCACUGCAUCAGGUACUAUGCGGGCUGUUUAGAGAGCCUUCUUCUGUACCAUCCACGCCGGUAUGUCGACAAGUCAUUUUUGGACAUUACCUGGGAUGUUGCAGACGUGCGGUAUACUUUGGAACCGCUGGACUACGAUCUUCCCGGCUCCGGCACGCAAACCGUUUACCUGCUGAAGCCCUCUGGACCUGUCGGACGUCUUUGGGUCUUCUUUGGGGGGAAUGCCAUGCUGGCUGCUGACUGGCUGGCCUUCUGUGACCACAUCUUCACCGCCGUGGAUGCUGGGAAGGGAGAGACCGAGGUUGCUUUCCUUCUGGUGGACUACCCUGGCUAUGGCCGCAACAAAGGUGAAACUUCCCCGGAGUCUGUGCUGAGGACCUCGGUGCUGGCUGUUGGAGCCGCGCUACGGCACCUUUCGACUGAGGAUGUCUCUGUGCACCUCCUCGGGCACUCCCUGGGGGCGGCUGCUGCUUCACAGUUGGCUGCUUCCUGGGAUGCCUCGCUGCUCCCUGCGGAGCUGAGACCGACACAAGAACCAGGAACUCUCUUGCUCUCUGCACCCUUCCUGGACAUCCCUGAGAUGGCAGCACAGCUGCUGCGUCUGGUGCUGCAGCGGCUACUGCCUGCUGGAUACUCGCUGUUGCUGGAGGUGGCACCAUUGCAAGAG